AGCCUCAUCAGCUCCAGCGGCUGCGUCAGUGUUCACGCAUUAGUUCUAACACAGAGGGAGCUCCAACUACUGUGUCAGCUGUGAGCACACAGGCGAGAUCCGGGUGCUGCUGAAGCCGUGAGCGAGGGAAAAACGAAGGAAAGACGCCCACCGGCGGAAGAGAAGUGUGUCCGCCGCUGGCGCCGUAAACCCACCUGGAAAGGACUUUUUAGUGGUUUAAUACUUUAGUUGAUAGUCUACUUCACCGUGAUACGGGGGACAGCUGCGAGUAUUCACCCAGAGUCGAAGCGAACCGAGGUGGACGUUUGCUUUCCUCCACAACAAGGUAUGUACGCUUGAGUUACCCUCCCUCACACUUCCUUCAUGCCAAAUUAUUUCACUCAAACUUCAUGUGUUCUCUCUUUAACUGAAAUGUCAGCGACUUGACACAUUAAAACAAGGUUUUGCUGUUUUUAACUUAUAAAAAGUUUCGAAUUGAGAGGUCAAUUUACUAAAUAUACCUGUAAAUAACUCCCCUUGUCUUCAUCACUCAUCUGUGUCUGCCUAUAACUAAUGUAACAGCUGCCAAUUCAUCAAUACAGGAGACAAAACUGAGGGACUCAGUUGCUCCAACAUCAGGCCCUGUCCACCAUAGUGGGUUUCUCCUGGAUGUGAUGCUUCACCUUAUGUUUUCUGAAAUGGCCACCUUCACUACAUGUCCUCUGUUAGAGAGUAGUAUCAUGGCAGGUGCUUCUGUUUCCCCCCUUCCUCAUGUAAUCGUCUAAAGUCACUUCACUACGUUAACAGACAUCGCCUGUUUCCACAGAGAAGGAAGAGCUUUAAUCACAGACAGUUAUACUAAAACCUGGCAUUUUCAUAUUUUAAGAAAGGGUGACUACAGAACACUUUAAGAUCAACAAAUCACAAUUUAUACCUAAAGAGACUAAUGUAAAUACCAUUCAUAAAAUGCUUUCACAGACUGUAAAAGCCCAACGUAUUUGCCUGCAGACAUUCUGAGCUGAACAGCAAACAUGGAGGACAUGUGACUGGGUUACCUCAGGCUUUGGCUGAGCGAAUGGGAAAGUUGGAGUAAGAAAAUAACACUAUGCUAUGGGAUCUACAAGUACAACAAUGUACCUAAGAGACCCCUGCACGGCACAGGCAUCAUAUGAUUUUAAAGCCGGUGUCUCAAGAGAUUAGAAAGAGUUGAAGCUUGAAUACAACCCUCUAUGUAAAAAGCAGAGAACCCUUUUCUGGUUGAUAGAGCUGAAUGUAUUUCUAUGUAAAGUUGUGACACUGGCCGACAACAUCAUUGAGCUACAGCGUCGCAUUACAACACCCACCAGAAUGUUCGAUUGCACAGGCUGUGAGGAAAUUUCUCCUUUUGUCUUAGCGAUCAAAGACGCAGAUGUGUGACACUGCAGUUACAGACCAACACUGUUUGUAUUUCCAUAGAUAGAGUAACUUUUUACUGACCUGCCAUUUAUUUUCCUUGGAAACUGAAAUCUGGCAACUCUAUAUCAUAAUCCUGUGACAUAAAGGAACAUAGAUACUGAAAAUUUAGAGGGAUAUUGAGUCAUAUGGUCCUCUACCAUUUAGGUGAUACAUGGCUGAAUACCCACACUAUAAUUUUUAUCAGCAUUAAAAUAAUGUUUACCAUGCUUUUUUUAGGUUUCCAGAGCCUGUUUUUACAGUGUUAUGGACAUAUUUCGCUUGCUUUGACCACCUCUGGACAGUUUAAAGCAGAGUGGACCGACUGCUUUGGCAACUAAUGGGCCUCGCUGGCAGCUGAUCCCUAGUUUGGUCUCCACAGAGACAGGUCUAAGCAGAGAUAGGCAGGGCUGAGUCGUACUGAUUGAUCAGCUGUGUGUGUGUAUUUUUGUGUGUUUGGAGAGAGAGUUAGUGCUCCGCUCUCCUUUUCAUAACAAAAGCUUUGCAGCUGCUCUCUCUCCUCACGUUGUUUGGAUGCUAAAAGGCUUAAUGGCAGAUAAUGUCAUACCUAUAUAUUUACUGGCGCCAAGCAGGACCACAUUAAUCAUAAUGGAUUUAACCACCGUUUGAAUGAUCUUUGGAUAAAGAGAGAUAAAGAUGCUUUGUUUUGUGACUUCAGCAAUAUUCAGGAGUGGGGAAGAAGAGUGGAUGGAGUAUUUCUUGCAACCUAGAUGACCUCACUUAUCUCCAUUAAUAUACAUUUCUUCUACCCCCAUUUUGCAAGUGGCUCUAGUUUCAAUCACUGUCAAAUAAUUGAUUUAUUUCCUCCGUAAACAAUAAAAAACACUCAUAGUUGAACAAAACCCAACAUUUUAAAGGGAUAUACCAGCAUGAAAUCAAGUUUGGGUCAAACACACCAUAACAAUGAGUUAGACACCCAGUCGGGAGAUGAAUGUUGUCUACUGCUUGCUUCUCUAGUUAUACCAACUUUAGUAACAACCACAGAUAGCAAUACAGAGAGCCACGCGCUCAACCAAAAAGCCACUCAAUAGCCACAAAUAAUGCUCAGAACAGCACCUAACUUCAUCAACAGUAGAUAUAGGGUCCCAGCUACAGCACCAGCCAUUAAACAUCUUAUUAACUUUAGCCAUAUUUCUUUAGCAAAGAGACUAAAUACAACUCACACACUCUCUUCCAGCAGCUGCUUGUUUGUACACAGACCCCUUGGCGUGUCCAUCUACUGCAGCAGGGUGACGCAGCUCAAGGAAGAACAUUUAUGAUCAUUACUUUAACAUUUCCUUGAAGUAAUAAUCACUAUAUUAAUCAUUAAUCAAUACGUGGUAGCGUCUCGGUCUGAUUGCAUUUCCAUGAAGAAUUGAUCAUAAAUGUUCUUCCUUGAGCUGCUUUCCCCCACUGCAAUUGAUGGACUCGCCCGGGGGUCUCGCUACAAACAAGCGGUUGCUGAAAGAGAGUAGGUGAGUUGAAUUUAGUCUCUUUGCUAAAGAAAUUAGGCGAAGAUGUUUAAUGGCUAGUACUAUGGCUGGGACCCUAUAUGAACUGUUGAUGAAGUUAGGUGCUGUUCUGAGCAUUAGAUGGCAUACAAAGUGGCGUUUUGGUUGAGCGCGUGGCUCUCUGUAUUGCUAUCUGCGGUCGUUACUUAAGUUGGUAUAGCUAGAGAAGCAAGUGGUCUGCAACAUUAAUCUCUCGACUGGGUGUCUAACUCGGUGUUGCGGUGGGUUUGACCCUAACUUAAUUUUACGCUGGAAUAUCUCUUUAAGACUGGUGCUGUUUUCACAAAAUAUUGCGUCUUAUUUUCUUUUUGAUUAUUUUUCUCUCUUCCCCGUUCAGAUGGCAUCAAGUGACUCCCGGCUCCAGCAGCAGCCGUCUCAGAAGGAUGCGGCUGACCAGAACUUUGAUUACAUGUUCAAGCUGCUGAUCAUCGGUAACAGCAGCGUCGGCAAAACCUCCUUUUUAUUCCGUUACGCAGACGACUCCUUUACCUCUGCUUUUGUCAGCACGGUGGGCAUAGACUUCAAGGUCAAGACCGUCUUCCGAAAUGACAAGAGGAUCAAGUUGCAGAUUUGGGUGAGUCGAUCAGAGAUGGGAUACACCGCUGUUCAUCUGUGGUAAUACAUUGUUUUAACACUUUGUAUGUAGGAGGUUAACCACACAAACAGGUGAUUUCUGAAACCGCACCAUGUAACCUUUCUAUACCCAAAGUAUGUUGAGAGUUGUGGGUUUGGCUCUUGUGAAAGUUUAGCCUGUGAAUUGUGCAAACGCACACAGCAUGACUUCCUCAUACUUUCGAAGCACACUCUUGCUCCCUGUGCUUAUCAAAUACUUUCUUGUUGUGUAUUUUUUUAACACAAAUGUAAAAAAGGGGCAAACUGACCUCGACAUGGAAGAAACUUUGAGGUUUAAGGUAAUGCUGCUAAGCCCAUGGGCUGUGAGGAAGUAAAUAGUCAAGUAUUUAGAAAGUUGCACUCAACAAAGUAGAUGAAUAACUUGGCUUAAGUCAGGGUUCAACUUCUACUCAUCUGCUAUGUGUUUCCAGUGUUUCUGUGAAGUGUUCCCAUUCUUACACUGCUGUAAUAUCAGCAUCUAUGUUUCUAUCAGAAGACAGAAAAGUUGUCUGUCUCAUUACCUCAGCAGUAUUUUUCUGACAUCUCAGAAAGAGACCAUAAUGACGAGUCUUUAAUCAGCAAAAUGACACUAUUUUAAGUUUUAGUUACAACGUGAACAUCUUUCAAACACUGGACACUUACCCGCUCAGAGCGUACGGGGCGGGGUUCACACAGACAGCUGUCUUUAGUCGUCUUUCUCAGACUCAUACUGAUGCAUACUGAUGAAGUACUUGAGGAAACAGCAAAAGCUUGUAGUAACUUGUUUUUGUGCACUGUGGGGGUGAAGUGUCAUCGAUCUGUGAAUCAUAUAGCUGAACAGAUCAUGGCUACACUACUUUGUACUCAGGGAUGUGGCCUCGACACAAUAUUCCUGUUAACCGAAUGUUUUCCCUCAGUUACAAAAAUCUAUUGUUCAUUUAUUUUGUUUGCUUUGGUUUUUGAUUUCUCCCCUCAUAGUUAAUUGUUGAGAUUUCUUCAUGGGCGAGAUUACAACACUCGAAAGUUUCUGAAUAUCGGUUUUUAAUGAUUUUUUUUAACUGUCCAAGCACCUUUUCUUACCCCUUAAAGUCCCACUCCGAUCAUUUUUUUACCACUUCAAAUCUUAUCAGUGGUCUUUAAAUGAUACGUCCUAUAGCAUCAGAAAAAUGUCAUAUAAACAUGAAGAAAAUGAGAAAAACAUUAUUUUUUAUUGGAGUGGGUCUUUAACUCUUACUUUUGUGUCCACUGUGAAGAAUAGAUGUCAACACUUACCUCCCAUAUCAUUAUUACAGCUCACAAACUACUCCAACAUCCAUCAGAUAUGUUAUAAAACCUGAACAUCUCUGUUUUAAUGUGGCACUUUGAAUAUGAAAUAUUACACAUAGUAAACUUUAGUUUAUGAUUUUGCUGACUUGCUGUUUAUUGGCUUGAACGUCAGUGUGAUUUUUUUCCCUGUCGGAUUCUCAUAUAAUCAAAACUCUACUUGCAGACUUCUGCAGGUGUUAGUUAAAAUGAUUAUAAUACAGUUUAGAAAGUAAGCAGCAUCAUAAACAUAUUUUUAAAACUACUCCACAAGCUGCUCACCCCCUCCCACAUUAACUUAGUUUACAUCAGCUGCUGCUCCAGCUGCUACAACUUUUGAACUUUCCUCCAUCUCCUCACCUGUCUUUCCCUUUUUGUUACGGACUGGAUGGGAUGGAGUCACGUCUCCGACAUAGGACAGCGUCUUAAAGGGACAUGAGAUCAUAGCCUACCUACACACAUCCAAAACUAGCUUUUAUUUAUUCAUUUUUUUAAUACAGAAUAUACUGUUAUUGGCAAAAUGAUGUUGGUUAUUGUCAUAAAUAUCCGUAUCGGUACAUUUUCGGUUUAUCGCCCAGCCAUACUUAACCCUUAAACUGCCGCUGCUGGCUGCACUUGAUAGACACAGUCCAAACUCUGCAGAGGACGCGAGCUUCAAGGAUUCACACUUUGAACCAUCCCAUUGAAACAUUUAACCCCGGUGCUCUUGACGAGGCUUUUGCAUGCUACUGUAACGUGUUUCCUUAAUUUCCCUCCAUCCCACUGUCACUACAUUCACACACUACAAAUCCUAUUGAAGCACAUCAUUCAGGCUGUUCAAACAGAGCGUUUUUGUGAGCCAACAGUGUGUGAGGCACUGUUUGAUGAAUGAAUCAGCAGUAGAGUCUACACCAAAACACACAUUCACCUUCCAACCCGAGUACAUGUGUAUCUAGUAUUUUACAUGCAAAGGUAGAGGUGUCAAAUAUCCUUAUAGGGGAAGAUAUUUUAAUACCGACUGUAUAAAAUAUGUUUAUAACGCUGGUUUCUGAAGUGGCCUUGAGGCAACUCCUGGUGGUACUGUUGGAUGACAAAGCGACCUGGUAUUUCCUAAACACAGGAAGAGGAGGAAGUUCCUUAUCUGCUUCUGACUGAGACAUAAUGUGGAUUUACCACUGCGCUUGUGUGGCAGUGUAUUUAAGGGGUGUGGGACCAACAAGCAUGUCCUUCUUUGAGCUCUUCAUGAUGAUCCAGUGUUAAUAAUUAAUGCAGAACAAUUCAGGCUUUUAGAUUUAUGUGAGCUCCCACAGUAGGAGGGUUCACCAGGUUUCAGACAGAGGGUGUUAUUGGUGAUUCCUUCCUACCUGCUGCUGGCCUCCCUGUCUGUGUCAUGGAAACAAGCUAUCCGAGCUAUCCAACCCCUCCACAGUGAACAUGCAGAGCUUGAGCGUAUGUACAGUGUGUUCGCACUGUGAACGUGUUUUGUUUACAUCUCUCCUGUCACUGUCAUGGAAAAGUGUUUCUCUUGUUUGUACAAACACACACCUUUAGUACACUUAACAAAAAAAAACAUCCACACACACAGUGAGAUGUCCUGCUGUGGGUACACCACUGCUUUGUGUCAGCAGGUGACGCAUGUUUAGAAAGCAGGGUCCCACUGACGUCUCUGAUGGGGGAGAGGCCUGAUUUAAAUCCCUCCUUAUCGCGUUUCAUAGAUAUGCACAUAAGGGAGCAGCUUUUGUUUACUGGAUGGGGUUUAUUAUAGCAACCCUGGAGGCUGUCUGUUUGGUUUCAUGUCCCAUUACGCUGCUAAAUAUUUGUUCUUCUCUGUAUGGGUGAGAUAAAAUGGAACUGGAGGAUUUCAUGCCUUGUUAAAACAAAGUGAUACACCAGACAUGAAGCAAAGUCUGAGUUAGAUAAUCUGCUGCGGGAAGUUAAACACUUCAUUUUCUCUCUGAUGUCUCGAAACUGAGGGGUUUAAGCUGCAUCCUGCUCUUGUUGAAAAGAUAACAUGGGGCAGAGCUGUCCAAGCUGUAAUGGAACAUUCAUGACCCUCAUUGGCCUCCAGUUACCUGGACAACCUUCCCCUCCCCCAAACUGUGAGGGGAAAAUUAGACAAACACAAAAAACACACAGGCUCCCCGUAUAAAAAACGGACUCAGGCAGGUUACCAAGUAACACUGAGGACUUUAAGAGUGGGGGGUAGUCACUCUCCCAACAACCUGUUUGAUCUUGCUGCUUUGAGCUGUCAUCUGUGUCAUCACACACAGUCUCCGUUUAAUUAGGAGAUGCUUCUGAUAAACUGCGUGUGUCCAGCGACCCCGCCCCCUAAGAUUAUCUGUCAGACCUGCAUUUCUCUUAUCUCUCUGCUUCUUCUCUCUGGUCAUGUAUUGAUGCAGACCAGAGGUCCCGGGUUUCAUGAGGAAUAAUGGAGGCAGGUGCUGCUAUCUAAAUGUCAUCUCCUGAUAGACUGUGAAGAGCGUCAUGUGACAUUUUGAUAUGAUUACUCAGCCAAGGGGGUUGAAAGGAGAGAGAGUAGGGCGCAAUAAUGCACAUGCUGAAUAUACAGCAGGAUCAAUAACUGUGUGUGUGCUUCUUUAGUACUGUUUAUUCAGAUGUUUUUAAAUUGCUGUGAAGUACCCUGAUGUGAAAAGUGUUUUCCACCAACAAACAGAACAAAAUGAUCAUUUUCAGUCAAGAUUCCCACCUUGUUAGACACAGAUCUCUGAAACCCACAUAUGGUCUGAAAAAUAGGCACAUGGUUAACAACUGUACUGAAGUAAUCUGAAAUAACAACCCAUCUGAACUCUGCUGAAUGUUUCCUGGUGGACAGUGGUGGACAGAUGUUUCAUAGCGUAGGGUCUGAACACAGCAACAGGUCAUAGUUUUGAAAAUACUGCCCCCAUGUGGUUUAAAUGUGUAUUAAAUUAUCACCAAUGGCUGGUUUGCCAUUUAUAUCAAGUUUAAAUCAAUCAAUAACUAAUUGAUAAAGAUAAUAGAUAUCCUUACUUUAAGUAUCUAUUGAUAUUAUUAAAAAGAAUUAAGAAUGAAAGGUUGAAAAGUGAAAUAAACAAUCAAAACAAAUGCAGAAACAAUGUGAAAAAAUAAUGAGAGGGGGGAAAAACUAAAGGAAGGAGGCUAGAGGUGAAGAAAAUAGAGGCAAAAAAGAGGGAAAAGGAGAGAAUGAAAGGAAAAAAAGGAAGGAAAGACUGAAAGAGAGGAGCAAAGAAAGGAGGUGAAAGAAAAAAGAGACAGCAUACUUAUCAAAGAUAUCAAGCAAAGAGGCAACAAAAAGAAAGAAAGAAGGAAUGAAACAAAACAAUGGUACGAAACAAACAAACAAAUACAUAAAAGAGAAAGAACAAAAACAAUGACCAUAAAGUACAUCAACAUAUCUGCACGAUAGCCUCAAAUCUGCUGAGGGGUCCCAGCCUGGACCCAUCAUCUCUGAAAGUUUGUAAAGAACUCAGCGCCACUUUUUUGCAACAGGGAGUUACUGUGUCCAUGUGAUCCACAGCCAAGUCCUGUCUGGUUUAACAAACUUCCCUCAACAUCCUUUUGGUCCAUCCUUCUAAGCUUCAACCUACUCCUUUUCAAUCUCCAAAAAAUAGGGAAUUUCUUGUCUAAAAUUGAACAGUAUGUAUAUUUGAUCAAAUAAACAAUCUUGAAUAUCCUUCUGUUACAUUUAAAGAUCUUUCCCUCGCCUCCUGAUGGGUAUAAACCAUACACUUGCCAUAGUAACCUGUUGUCCGCCAUACAACAGGAAGUAGAUUUUUGGAUGCCAUCAAUACUUAUAGAGUCACCAUGGAUGUAACAUUUGAUGCAUGUAUAUUUGUAGGGUGUGACGUUGAUCAUAUCAAAGUUGGUCUCAAUAUCUGAUGUGUGUGUGUGUGUGUGUGUGUGUGUGUGUGUGUGUGUGUGUGUGUGUGUGUGUGUGUGUGUGUGUGUGUGUGUGAAUACAGGACACAGCAGGGCAAGAGCGCUAUCGUACGAUCACCACAGCUUACUACAGAGGGGCUAUGGGCUUCCUGCUAAUAUAUGACAUCUCUAACCAGGACUCCUUUAACGCAGUUCAGGACUGGUGAGUUGGGCAUCAAAAUUGCAGCAUUUAUCAUUUUAAUUACUUUAAUAUAACUUCUAACCAUCCUUUAAUUUGACUUAUUAUGCUAUCUAUGCUCGUGGGCAUCUGAUUUGCUGAGUUACAGUGUGUUUGACCCUAAAUUAAUUUUAUGCCGGAAUAUCCCUUUAAUGUUUGUUCUACAGGGCAACACAAAUCAAGACAUACUCAUGGGACAAUGCUCAAGUGAUCCUGGUUGGCAACAAGUGUGACCUGGAGGACGACAGGCUCAUACCCACAGAGGAUGGUCAGAGACUAGCAGAGGAGCUAGGUGAGAACUCUUCCACUUCCACUGUUGGCUUUUACAUAUCUAAAGUUCGGUGUCUUUGGUGUAUGGAGGCAUAUUUUCACUGCCCUCUCAUCUACCCUCAGGCUUCCACUUCUUUGAAGCCAGUGCGAAGGACAACAUCAACGUGAAACAGGUGUUUGAGCGGUUAGUGGACGUCAUCUGUGAGAAGAUGAAUGAGAGCAUGGACGGGGACGUUAACCUCAUGUCCAACAAUGGGAACCAGACCCUCAAAGACUCACCUACAGAGAGCCAGGGGGGCUGCUCCUGCUAAGCUGCUUACCUUCUUACCAAAGCCCCCAACACACACACAUACACAUAUAAACACACACACACACACACACACACACACACACACACACACACACACACACACACACACACACACUAAUAGCCAUAAAUAAAGACCAACUCCUUCUCUGUGCCUAAACCAUGAAGAGUGCCUCUUCCUUUGUCUUGACUCUGGCCGCGCCCUGCUCUGUUUUGGCCUCCAACAUAACACAAACCAAAGGACAGCUAGCUGAGAUAACCUUCAUCAGUCCUGUCAGGCCCUUCUCCUCCCUGGGCCUCCUGUUCUGUUGUCAUGUAAAGAGGCCCACUGUGCUUCUGCGGUCUUGACCCAUCAGCUCUGUGAUGAGCUGAUAGUACCAUAAAGCCUGCCUUGUGCUCUGUCCACCUUUCACGUCAACCGCCUAGACCACUGCUGUCCCAUUAGCCUUCGAAAUCCGCUGUGUAUGAAGCAUUUUUUCUGUGGCUUCGAGGCAUGGCGGUGUCUGUAGAAGGCUUUAUAUUUGGUGUUUAUUGUAUUAAAUGCAGUUCACACAGCAUGUGCACGGUUUACAUUAGUUUAGCAGAUACUCUAGAUAAAGUCAACUAUACUGUAACAGAUAAAACUGAUAACGACAUUAUGCAAACUCAGUUUUGACUAUAAGACAUGCAUUAAACUUUAUUGCAGCUGUUAUUGAAUUCCUGGCAUAAAAAAAUAACUUUUCAAUCUGCAACUUCAGCUUUUUAAUUGUUUUUGCUUUCUGGCCUUCUGCAGGAUCUGCAACAGAACAUCUUUUUUAAAACAAUUGAAGUGUUAUGACAGACAUUAUGAUUCCCUUGUAGAUCAUUCAGAUUGCUUAUUGCUUAUGGCUGAAAUAAGGACACAAGAAUGCACCGGUGUUGUACUUCUUUAAUAUUAAGUAUAUAUCACAUGAGGGAACAAUUGAAUGACAGGGUCAGAGUUGUCAGUUGCGUCAGCUGGAAAUUGUGGUUUUCAAAUGCUUUGUCGAAUAUCCCAUCAUGCAUAUCCAAUAGGGCUGGGCAAUAUGGCCUCAAAUCUAUAUCACGAUAUAUUGAUCAGUUCACCUCGAUAACGAUAAAUGGACGGUAACUACUCCACAAACUGCUCACCCCCUCCCACAUUCACCCCCUUAUCUCCUUCAGCUGCUACAACUUUUAAACCGUCCUCCGUCUCCUCACCUGUCUUUUCCUCUUUGUUAUGAACUGCAUGGGGUGGAGUCUCGGCUCUGACGUAGGACAGCGUCUUUAAGGACAUGAGACCAUAGCCUAUCUACACACAUCCAAAACCAACUUUUAUUUAUUUAUCUAUUUGACACAGAAUAUACCAAUAUGGGCAAAAUGAUGUCGGUUAUUGUUGUAAAUUUCAGUAUCUGUAAAUUUUCGGUUUAUCGCCCAGCCCUAAUAUCCAACAUGUUAAGCGUACAGGUAAAUUUUCAAUAAGAAUGAAUUUCUAAUGAGCUAAUUUCUGCAUGAUUUAUUUGUGAUGAUAGAUUUUUGGUGGUGGCGCAGUGGUGUAGUGGUUAACACUGUCGCCUCACAGCAAGAAGGUCCUGGGUUCAAAUCCAGCUCAGGGCGUUUCUGUGUGGAGUUUGCAUGUUCUCCCUGUGUCUGCGUGGUUUUCUCCGGGUACUCCGGUUUCCUCCCACAUCCCAAAAACAUGCUUAAGUGGGGUUAGGUUAACUGGCCACUUUCAAAUUGCCCUUAGGUGUGGGACUUGCGACUUGUCCAGGGUGUCCCCUGCCUUGGCCCAAAGAUGCUGGGAUAGGCUCCAGCCCUCCCAUGACCCCGGAAAUGGGAAUAAGAGGUAGAAAAUGGCUGGAUGGAUUUUUGUUUUGGAUUUGGGUUAUUUGGGUAUCACCAGGUAAAGCUCCUCUACCAUGAGAAGUACAUGCAGCACAGUUUGGAAACUGUUGAAUGAGAAGGUGAAAAUUGUGUUCAGGCUGAAUGGCUUGUGUACCAUGAAGGCUGUUUUGUGUGGAUUUAAACAAGUCAGAUAUAACAAUGAUAAAGUUUUUAUAACUCACAAAUUUCAUGAUUAAAGUGCAGGUAACAUGUAAGUGUAGUUUAGUUUUUCUUCAGCUAAUCUUUGUCUUUGUUAUCGUGACCUUAAAUGCGUUCAUGAACCUUAUCCUCACCUUAACGUUGACUCUAAUCUGCAGCCUGUUGUUUGUGUUGAACAGCUGAGACAGCAGGAUAAUGGUAAGGUAAAUGUUAAGCUGUGCCGUCUUCAAAUGUGAAAGUGACUGUGCGAGGAAGUUGUUUGUGAACGAUAACACUGGCGUUUGUCACAUGACCUGGCUCCUGCCACCAUGUCCUCACUCACCCUUCUGUGCCACUCUUCUGCGACACGCUCUCUCUGCUUUAACCGAGACCACUAAAACGCACACUCGAACACACACAGCUCCAUAAAACUGUAGGGUGAAAAACGAGUUCUUAAUAACUGAGUAUUAUCACGGUUAUAUUGUCUGUCGUUUUAAUGGCAUGAUGACUUUGUGUUGGGUGUGUGUGUGUGUGUACUCAGACAGGAAAGAACAUUGAUCUCGUAGAGAGAUAGAUGUAGGCCUUAACUGUGUUGUUGUCACUAUCAGGAAAAACAAGGAGCUGGUGUCACAUGUUGAUCCUGUCAUAUCCCCUUGUACUGUAAAUUCUCAUCCUUUUAAUGACCUGAAUGCUCUUUGUUAGACGAAAUAUUUAACAAAUCUCCUGUUCUUUUGUUUUUGACGUUCAGUAUUGCAUAGGCAAACUCCUCUCCUUUCUGCUGUUGGUCACUCAUAGCGCCAUUUGACCACGUGAUGGCCAUUGACUGUCAGUUAGUGUAAAAAAAAAAGACUUCAGCAUCUUGAUAGCAGGCUUGCAUUGGCAGCUCAGAGCCACUGCUGGACUACACCGCUCACUGGGGUCGAAUCACCGCUGGUGGUCAGUUGACCCCCUGCUUUUGCAAACACUUUGUGCCCAUUUCAUCUGCACUGUAAUGUGAUUAGAGGGUUCAAAAUUUCUGACACUUCACUUUUAUAACAACAGUAUAUAUGUAUGUAUAUUGCACAAGGCAGGUUUGCACUGCAUUUAAACAGAUUGCAUAUUGGAGCUUAUAUUGGCAGCUGCUAUUGUACACUUUUAUUAAUUUGGUAUCUGCUACAUAUAACUGUUAUGCUUUUGGACUAUUAAACCUGUAGCAUCUGGA